UUUUUGAAUUGAGGGAGUUUAAUGAGGAUGGAACUAUAGCACUAGUUUUAGGAGCCUUGAGCUUUGAGUUUUAUUUUGCGUUUCUUUCUUGAGGUUACCUUGAAAUGGUUGGCUGAUUUCAUUUUUAUCUCUAUAGCAUUCCACGAUACGUUCAAACUCUACGGCCGACCUCAGGCAUGGUCAUGGGAUCCCAGAGACCCAGCGAGCUUGAUGUUUGCGUAUCCUGUUGGGCCAGGUAAAGAUGUGAGUUACGGGUCGUCAUUUUUUGAGUUUUUACUCAGGUCAUUUCUUUGCAUUUCUUUACAACAAUAUUUUUAGCUACUUUUCCUCGACCGCGAACACGCUGAAUCUCUCGACCCUCGGGACGAUCGAACGUCUUCUAUCCGGUCGAGGUUGAUAGGUAUUUUGAAGGAGCGUAUGGAGCUGGGCGGGCCUCCUGGAUCUGCAGGUAGUGCUGGGUCGGGCGCACCGAUCACACCACCUGGUGCAUCGACUCUGGGUGCAGGGCCUUCUGGCGCUGGUGACCGGACUGCUCAACAAAGCAGUAGCAACAACAGUCAAGCUCGUCCAGGAAGCUCCGGAAAUUCAGGACCCUUAUCUCUCCCACAACUCCCUCCUCUCUCGUUUGAUUCGACCUCUGCCGCAGAUGAUGUAAGGGAAGAGAGAGCGUUGUUGACGCCGAUAACCGAGCGGAGUUCUGUUUACACAGCGAGUGUUAUGCGGUCUGGGACGAUAGGUACUAUAGGGAGUGGGUUCGGACCCAGUGGGAGCACAGGGGGGAGGAACUCGGGGUAUGGGUUCCAGGGUCCAUCGCCUGUUCUUGAGGAGAGCGAUCGGGAGGGGACAGGGUCAGUGUCGCCGAAGGUUCCGGAGAAAAAUUUUGUGGGUAUGAGGGGGAUGAGUUUCAGCUCGGUUGGUUCGGGUGGUGGCGGAAGGAAGAGUGUGGACGUUCCUUCGAAUGUCAACACAGCAUCCAGUACAACUCCUGCUUCACCUCCGCCGCCAACUCGAAGCAUCUCGCCUACGCAGGGGAAUGCGAGUGGUGGUGGUACUGGUAGUCCCGCUUUAGGAAUGCUCCCGCAUUCGUCGUUUGAGAGUUUCUCAAAUGCGGUGAAUACUGCGUUGCCGAAGUCAAAACCUAUGUCUCCUAGUUUAUCUCCUAGUCUGUCUCCAUCGUCUUCUACCAUGUCCCCUCCUACCAAUUUCCCUAAUCCUCAGAAUCCUGCCACUGCCACUGCCACUGCUAAUCCUUCCAAUUCCUCAUCUUCCUCGUCCUCUGACAGACCAAUGACUCCACCUCCACCCAUCGGAGGAGGUGGAGCGAGUUUCGGGCUUGGAUUUAGGUCACAUUCGCCUGCUCUUUCACACAAGUCACAUAAAUCCCAUUUGUCACAGUCAGGUGUGUCAAUUCUGACGUCCCCAUUUUCUGUGGCGGAUCAUGCGCCUGGGACGCCUGGUACUCCGGUGACUCCGGGUUCUUUGAGUACACCUGCGACUCCGAGUGCGUCGAGUGGACCUGCUCUCAGUAACUCCAAUCCUCCAGGUGGACCUAGCCCAACGAGAAAUGCAGGCUUUGGUGACAGAGCAUCAAUAUUGACGAGUCCGUAUUCACCGAUGAAUUCGCCCACGACUUCUGUUGCUCCUCUCGGUAAUCCUUCUUCUCAUCCUCCUUCUUAUACUCCCUCGCAUAGUGAUUCGGAUGUAGGACCGUAUCAUAUGGAUAACAAGGAUAACAACAACAGCACAGACGUGGCGGAUUAUCAUCGUCAUCAUCAUCGUUCUACGUUGCAGCAGCAGCAGCAGUAUUCACAACAACAGCAUGCUGGUGACAACACAGCCAACAGCGCAGGAAUCAGACGCAUACCUACUACCAUUCAAGAGACUGAAUCUGCAGAUACCAGUGAUGGUGAUAUUCGGGAUGUUCGUGAGCUCCGUGAUUUCCAUGAUGACAAUCUUCAGCGUCAUGGUGGAUCUAACAGCCGUGAUGAACAAGGGAAUGGAACAGUCAAUGCAAAAUCCAUGCUUGGCUCCAGAACUGCCGGUGAUAAUCGUGGUGAUUACAACGGUGAUACCACGUCCCAACCGGGAUCCAAGAGUAGUUCAGAGGAUUUAAGGAGGAGGUAUGAGGCUGCGAAUAGCCAUCAGAGUCAGAGUCAGAGUCAGACUGUAAUUCCUGGAAUGCAAGCGUCGCCUGUAGCGAGGAAAGGGACGCCAAUGGCUUUCAUGGGGUCUUCUCCCAUAGCUCCUUCUAUCGGUUCUCCUGGUCCAGAGAAUCAAAUGAAUGCGAACUUGGCAACCCCCAGAUCAAUUAUCGGUUCUCCUACCUUCGGUUCUCGACCACUUUCUUAUUCACCGGCACCACUCGGUUCCCCGUCCCUCAAUUCCCCAUCUCACGGUUCUCCACUUGCCUCUCCACCGAAUUCAUCCUCCUCUGCUGGCUCGACAGCGGCGAACCGAGUUGUUCUCGGUGCAGAACGAGGUCUCGGACGUAAGCCGUCCGGCGCACGUGCGCCUCAACGGCAACAGCAUGGGUUUUCGAUGUCGGCAGGACACGUGGCUUUACCUCCGGUUGGUGUGCCUGAAGGCUACGACCCUGCCGCGGCGAAUAGCAAUACGGCAUCUUCGCAGCCUCGUCAGGCUCAAUUUUCUUCAUCUUCUUCGCUUCCUCCUUCUCACCACGUCUCAGGUGUAUCAGAGGUCUCAGAAGAACAAGACGAACUACAAGAGCAAGACGACCAGGAACGAUUAGAAACACCAGAAGAAGGCUCGAGUCUAGAGGAUAAUUCAGUCGAUUACCAGCAGUAUCAGCAGCAACGGGAGGAACGACGACAACAGCAACUACAGCAAACACAAAUUCCGCCACGACACCAAGCAUAUCGACAACAAUCCUCGACGGCAACGGCGACAACGGCGAGCUCGUAUAGUGCGUACAGUACGGAUAAUAAUACGUAUAACACGUACAGUAACGCAGGGUUUACCGCCGGGAACACCAGCGAAAACAACACCAACGAUAACAACGUUAUAAACAUAAAUAACGCGAAACACGCUAUGGCUUCCCAAUCGUCCUCGCAGUUACACGCAGAAGAUGAUGACGUGUUUGCGGUUUUGUCGUAUUUGGAUGUGAAUGAUCCUGGAGAGGAGGAGGCUUCCGGGAUAACGAAUGCGGCGAAAAAGGUGGAACCGCUCUCUGUGCACCGCUCCAAUGCGAAUAAGGCGAAUAACGGAGAAGAAGGAUUACCCACAUCCAACUCAAACUUAUCCUCUUCCACUUCUUCCUCUUUCCAAAACACCCCCAACCUGUCCAAUUCACAGACAACCAACAUCCCAGGUGUUCCCAGUCAAGGAUCUGGCCCCCAAUACAAAUCCUCAUUUGCACCGUCGAAAUCCGCAGCGGAACGUAAAGCCAAAGCUCAAGCGGCGCAGGCUGCACAGGCUGCGGCUAUUCAUCGUCCUGGUGGGCGUGCCGCGACUGCCCCUGGAGGCUUUGGUGGCGGUAAAGGUGGCGGAACUCGGAAGAUGAGAGCGGUGCCGAAUACGAAUAAGCCUGGAAGUUGGAGCAGUGAAGAAGAGGAGGAAGAGGAGGAGGAAGAGGAAGAGGACGAUGAUGAUGAGGGAGAUGUGGAUUCGGAUGAAGCGCCGAAAGUUAGAGGUAAAGCUGGUUCGAAAGCUGGGAGUAGAGAAAAUGAGGAUGGACAAGGUCAAUUUUCUCAAUUGCGACCACCGAGAACGUUGCCGCAGAUUCCAGGUCGAAUGGGUGAAGGUGACCAAUACCCUGCACAAUCAGGUCCACCACGAAGUAACUACUUUGAUGACCAACAACUCCAACCACCACCUCAGCUUACCCAGCAAAUGCGUUCCCAGUCCCAAUACGGGCUCUCGCCUCCCAUUUCUACACCAGGAAUGGGAGCACCCCGACAAAGCAUGUGGUCUCAAGUCCUCGACCCAAACCAUAACCAAGGUUCUGUCCCAGAAAACCCCCAUUCUGCGCCUCACUCUUUUGCCAACCCCAUCGCUCCAACCCCCUUGCCUUCCAAUACCAACAACCCCGCGACCGGCCGAGGCGGUAACGACCUCUUCGUCCAACUCGAACCUGCAUCGACUCAUCUUACUAAAGCCUUCACUCCACAAGGUCUUCUUUCUGCCGGUCUUUCAGACCGUCAAGAUCGAUCUGCUAAACGUCAAGAAGAGAUGGCCAGGGAAAGCGGCGCGUCAUUGAUAAAUGUACCAAAUAAACCACCACCGCCACAGACGGGCUUGCUUGGUGCGAUCACGGGAUAUGAGCGGGAGAGGAAGAGAGACGGCGGUGUUGGGGCAGCGUUGACAGAAAGGGAGAGGGAGAGGAGGAUGGUAGAGGAGAGACAGAGACGGUGGGAUGAACAGCAGAGGAUGCAGAUGGAAGGAGGCAUGCCUGGGAUGGGGCAGAUGCCGAUGGGUCAGAUGGGUAUGGGUGGACCGAUGUCGAUGUAUGGGGGUUUCCCCGGGAUGAAUCCAAUGAUGUCGAUGUAUGGGAUGAACCCUAUGAUGAUGGGAGGUAUGAAUCCCAUGAUGACUGGUGGGAUGCCUGGCGGGGGGAUGAUGCCUAUGAAUCCUAUGAUGACUGGUGGGCAAAUGGGAGGAGGGUUGUCACCCAUGAUGACCGGAGGGAUGAACCCUAUGAUGAUGGGAGGUAUGAACCCACAACACAUGUUCGCUGCUCAACAAGCCGCGCAGGCAUAUCAACAAGCAAUGAUGGCAUUCUCCGUUGCUGGGUCUCAAGCAGGAGAUGACAAUAAUCCCAGUAAAAACCCUGCUGCGACUCCUGCUGCCGGAAGUUCGCCCAAUUUGAACCCCAUGAUGUCUGGGAACUUUGAUCCUAGGAUGUCCAUGAUGAGCAUGGGUGGGGGUAUGGGUCAAGGAAUGGGCAUGAUGGGUCAACCAACGCCUACGUCUCAAUUCGAUCCCCGGUUUUCACCUAGUAACACCCCACCUACGAACUCGCCAACGAAUCCUGAGUCCACUGGACCGUUCCCACCUGGAGGUUUCGGUGCAGGAUUAGGUCAAGGACUAGGUGCAGGGUUAGGUCAAAGGAUUGGUGGGAGAGCGAGUAACAGUAGUUCGCCUGUGAGGAAGAGCUCGCCGCUUGCGAGACCGGAUAAUUCGAAUAACGGGGACGGAGCCGCAUCCAAGGGCACAUCAUAGCGGGGAGAAGAUGUUGGUGGAGGUAGAUGACUGCUGUCAGACUUCUGGACUUUGUUUGUUUGUUCCUUCGUUCGUUCACUUAUUCUCUCUCGUCGCGAUUCGCGAUAUACACUCAACGAACUUGUUGAAUAACAACAGACAUCAAUCGGACAAUAACAUACUUAUAACUCAUAACAUUCAUAUUUUUCCAACUCGUUUCGCUCAUAUCACGCCCAUCGUUUAUCCUCACUCUCUCAUUCUUACCCAUCUUUUUUCUUGAGUUUUCUUCCAACUCAACAUACCUUCAUGAUUGAUAUUCCCUGAUAU